GGUGACGUCAGACCGGUCGAGAGACGAGCUCGGGCUCGGUGCUGCUGCGGCGCGCGCUCGAGACCCCCGCUAACCGAGCGCACACGCGCAACUGUCACCAUGAUCAGCCUUAUAUGGGGUGGAUCUUAAAUCAUAACUGCAAGAUGAAGACGGCAUCAUCAUAGAGAGCGCAGCAUCAUAUACUUAAUUCCUCGGGAUCCUGAAGCCUUCACGCCGCACAAUACUACACUCCGGCACGGCCAGACUGCCUGCAGCUGCCAGGCGGGUAGGCGGAGGCUGGAAGGGGGAACACAUCUAUUUUCUGCUAAUAAUUAUAAGUAAUAAAAUGAAGCGGAGAAAGAUGGUGGUGGCGGUGGGCUUCUGCGUCUCCUUUCUCCUGGGCACGCUGAUGAAUUUAUUGUUCAUUCCGGGAUUCGAGCACCACGGCGAGCGGGUGCACCGCCACCACCACCACGAGAAACAGCAGCCCUAUACAGACGCUCCUGCCCGGCUUCAGAUCGACGACUUGCCGCCGGUAAAACCGGCCACUGUUGGGCGACUCUCGGAGCUCCAGCGGCAAAUACGCGAGCGACUGGACGAAGUUUUGCGGUACCGACGGGCGCACUGGCUCGGCACCGGACCUCUGGAACGCCGGCGACUAAUGGAUCUGGAGCAACGCAGCGAGUGGGAAUCAUACAAAGGAAUUGAGAAAAUUAAUCAUUACGAUCCAUCGCGAUCGACUCCCGCAGUAUCCAUAGCAACAAAAUCGCACCGGGAGAUUACGCGCGAGUCGGUGCUCGGCUGCGCCAGUAUCGAUAACGUUACCAAUGUCCAGUAUUUGGGUUCGGGAUACACAAAGGCGGUUUACAAGGCGGCUUUGAACAGCAGCUUCUCCGUCGCGUUAAAAUCUGUGGAUUUUGGGGGUCACGACAUGGAGAAUUGUGUGAAGAAAUACGCGUCGUCUGCAGACUGUUACAAACUCGCAUCCUUCAAAAUUAUCAAGGAAAUGACGCUGAUGGAGAGACUGCAGCACCCCAACAUUCUCAAGCUUUACGGCUCCUGCUAUCAGGACAGUAAUGAUAUAAAGGAGACGGUGACGGCAAUCACGGAGCUCGGCAGUCCUCUGGAGAUGAUCCAGCUUCUGCAGACACCCUGGGAGGAGAGAUUCAGAAUCUGCUUGAGUCUGAUGCGGCUGCUGCAUUACCUGGCUCACUCUCCGCUGGGCUCCGUCACUCUGCUUGACUUCAGACCGCGACAGUUCGUUCUGGUGGACGGAGUGUUGAAGGUGACCGACCUGGACGACGCCAGCGUGGAGGAGACGCCUUGCUCUCCAUCUGCUCCUCAAGACUGUCUGAUGGAGUUCCCCGCCCGUAACUUCACCCUGCCCUGCCACAAGGGCCGCUGUCAGGGCAUCAACCAAAAGAGAAACCUCUACAAUGCUUACAGAUUCUUCUUCACCUACUUGUUACCUCACAGUGCUCCCUCAGCCCUCAGACCUCUUCUGGAUAUAAUCGUCAAUUCUACAGGAGAGCUGAUGUGGGGCACUGACGAAACUUUGGUUCAGCUGGAAAAAGUGCUGGAUAUCUACAGGAACGGACAUUACCUCAAGAAUAACACACGCACGCAUAAAACAGAGUAUAAACGUGUGUUGGACACCUCAAUAUCAGCAGAGAACUACCGCUGCUGGCCGUCAUAUCAGCAUGACGGAUGCCUGCUGUCGGUCUACAGCGUGGAUGAAGCCGUUGACGUGUGUGAGAGUCACGUACAGUGCCGGGCCUUCGUCAUGACCAAUCACACCACAUGGACAGGUCAUCAGUUGGUGCUCUUUAAAACCGGUGCUUCCAGCUUGAGCGCGGCUCCAGGUAAACUCUCAUACGUGCGGCUGGGGCAAACUGAGAGCUGAGAGAGAGACAAAACAGUGGUCACACGUUAUCCAGAUCUUCUGAUGCUCUUCUUCUUCCUGGACGCCAACUAUUCUGAAGCGCAGGAUUUGGGGAGGACUAUCAGCAUUCAGGAAGCAAGAACAGGGAAUGUGUUUGUGUGUCUGGCAGAGACGCAGAGAGGCUGUUUGCGCACUGCAAAUAAAGGCAGUGUUUGUUGUGUUUUUGGUUCAAAUAUCUAAAAAUCAAGAAGAAUUCCCUGGACAAGUAAAAGAUAUUGUUUUGUCUUUAUAUUCAAAAUGAAAGAGCACAAGUAAACUUACCCUCAACACUGUUAGUGAGUAGGGGAGCGCGGGACACAAAGUAACGAAGGGUUAAAUGUAACAGAGUUUUAAGGUAUUUGCUCAGGGUUAACCGUGGCAUGCUUCAGAGGUUUUCACCACAGUGUCGGCAGAUGUCUUCCUGCCAAUAAUUAAAAAGUUCGCGAAAUUUGGAUGAGAAACAUAGGAGAAACCAUUUUUACAGCAUAAAAGUAUUUAUUAUUAUAGUCAAUGUUUUUUUAUUUUUAAAAAAUCAGUGAAAGUAUGAACAUGAAAUCUUAUAUUGCUGUGAUCACCCAACACAAUCUCACGGCAAUUCGUAACUUUUUGAUUUAGUGGCUAAUUCGUAUGAAUUUGUACGAUCUAAUUCGUACAUUUUCGUACGAUUUGCUCAUCCCCCAAUGACGGUUGGGUUUAGGGGUGGGGUUAGGUGCCACGCCUCCUUUUUAAAAUCGUACAAUUUCGUACGACUGAACUCGUACAAAUUCUACAAAUUAGCCACUAAACUGACACAACGUAAAAUACUUACGUUUUCUCGUGAGAUUAGCCUGGAUAACCGUCUUCUAGGAUAAAAGAUUAAACCAUUUUGAAAGAUGUUAAAAAACACACAGUGACUGCCAGCUGAGUUUAAAAAAAAAACACGACACAGCGGGGCUAGUUGUAACAGGGUGUUAAGAAUAAGCCACACAAUGUUAAACACCAAUUAAACUAACAUUAAUUUUUUAAUUUUGAGUGUGAUGUUGAGAACUUUUUAAAUAAAAUGAUUUUUUUUUGAUAGACAAAAAAUAUUUUAUGACUAAUACUACAAGUAAAUGCAUUGCAUAAUAAUGGAUAAUAAUCCAAAUAAAUCCAAAUGUGUUUACCCAAUAAAUAAAUAAACAUACUGUGCUAUGUAGAAUAAAAAAUUAAUUGAGAAGAGAAAAUAUAGCGUAAUUUAAAGUAAACUAAAUUUAAAUUAACUAUGUGUAGUCUGCCUUUUUAAGCAUGUGUUACAACUAACCCUCUGUUACAACUUGCCCCGCAGGUGGAAUAAAUAAAAAAAUUUUUACACCUGGCACUUUUGGCAACACUUGCACAGAAACCAUAGGUCCGGCGAUCAUAUUUUCAGUGCUCAUUUGUAGGAGGCUUGUGUUUUGAUAGUAAAAAACAAAUGAUUUGUCUAACCCCAAUACUUUGUUUAUUAUUUGACCAAAACCAAAAAGCGUUACUCUGUGCCCAGCUCUCCCCUACUGUCUUUUCUUUAUUACAAAUGUUAUAAAAAUAUUUUACACUUGUAAAACUCAUUCUUGAGGUGCAGCUGAUCACAGAGAGCUGAACAGAUCUUUAAAUCCCAGUUUCCUUGCAAAUCCUGUUCUGUGGACAUGUUUAUACGUGUUACUAUGGAAGCAUGUUAAUACGUGGCUGUCAAUCAAUUCGGUGGGCGGGGAAAACCGCACUCUUACAUCAUAUUGUAGUGGGCCUCAAAAUAACUGGGAUUUGGAACCUAUUAUAACAUCAGGAAUUAUUAAAAAAAGAUGUAUUGUGUUUCUAUCACUUCAAUAUGACUGUAGACACACUAUACCUACACACAGUUCUGUCCAAGCAGCUUUUAAAAGUUGAUUUUUCAUCAUAGGUGCCCUUUAAGUGACUUUUUUUUCUUUAAAUCAAGCUGUAUUAUCUGCCAGUAGGGUAAAUAAAAUCAAAUUACUUCCAACUGAAAACUAGAUUUCCCCACUGGCUAAUUAUCUAGCUCAUGGGUCGCCAAACUUGUUCCUGGAGGGCCGGUGCCCUACAGAUUUUAGCUCCAACUCUAAUCAAAGACACCUGAACAAGCUAAUUAAGGUCUUACAAGGUAUACUUGAAACAUCCAGGUUGGUGUUUUAAGGCAAGUUGGAGCUAAACUCUGCAGGGACACCGGCCCUCCAGGACCGAGAUUGGUGACCUCUGAUCUAGCUUGUUUGAACUCAUUUUGACUUCUUAUUACUCAAAACAAAACAAUAAUUUUACUAGUCUAGAAAAUGCUUCUUGAUUUAAGAAUUUUAAGAAACAAGACUAAGAAAACAUUUUUUGCAGUGUGCUUGUCAUGACAACACGUGUGUGUUCAAUGAGAUCUCCUGUCAAUGUCUCUUUCAUUCUCUUUGCCCACACCGAACUCUCUUUUAUCAGCACUUUUUCACCAUGUGUAACAGGGUUUAUUUGUUGAGCUUUUAAAAGCAUUCACUUUGAUUCUCGAAAUCUUUUCAAAUAUUUGCUCACGUAAAACAAAUCUUUCUAGCAAUCAAUGUCUAAAUGUUCAACUAGACCAGCCUAAACAAGUCAUUUAAUAGUUUAAGGGAUGAAAACUCCUGCUUUAAGUUCUGAAAUCAUCAUUCAAGUCAAGAUUGAAGAUCGAAUCAGGAAAUUCAUAUCAUGAUUCUUUGUCCUUGUGAUUAAACCUCUAUUUCAUGUUUAGUUUGAUUAUUUUUCAGUGGGAGAAUGUGUUGAGGGGUCAGUUUUGGUUGGUCUGGUGGUGGUUUAUCAGCCAACCUCCUUGUGCUGUGAUAACGUUUCCCAAGGAAAUGUAUGUCUAUUACUUGACUGGUGAAGGAGUUGAAGAGGUUUCUGCUUUCAGCGAAAGCACUGAAAUGUACAUCUAUGUGUAUUUUUUAAUGAAUUGUGUUGUAUAUGA